UAAUUUUGCAACGCAUCUUGGCCAAGUCCUUGGGCCUGGAAACUAUAUAAAAACCGAAUGUUUAUAAUUGGUCAGAUUAGCUACCAAGAUUUUUAAUCAAGCAGGAUGUCGUUUUAUUCACUUUUUUUAUUCUGCGCUACCGCGUUUGUGUUUGCCGCGGCUCAGGAUUUGGAGCUUCCUGUAAAAACAUGCAAGCAUGAUGCAGAUGACUAUGCGUCUUGCUUGAAAUCUGCGAUAGAAGAAGCAUGGCCAAAAUUUAUGCCAGGUAUCCCAAAUCUUGAUGUGCCAGUCUUGGACCCAUACUUUUCCGAAAAAGAAAGACUCCAGUAUGAUGCUGAUGACAUAAAAGUGGACAUAUUAGUCACAAACGUUAAAACCCAUGGACUUUCAAAGGCUGAAUUCUUGGCUGUAAGACCGCAUUAUUCUGACACUUACUUUAAAUUAGAGGCUGAUGUCAGUUUGCCGACGGUGCUUAUGGAAGGUGAUUUCAAAGCCGAUGGAUCCGUAAAAUCGUUUCAUAUUGGAGGCGAAGGAGCCUUUAACAUUAGCAUGGAAGACAUAAAAUGUACAUGGAUAAUGGAAGGAGGUGUAGCUAAUGAUAGAUGGACCAUAGAACAUGUUCAUUUAAAUCCAGAAAUCGGGAAGAUGCAAGUCUGGUUCAGUGACAUGUUUGACGGUAACGAUGAACUCACCAACGCAGCCAUCAAAUUUGUCAACGAUUAUUGGCCGACCUUGUAUCGCUCGAUGCUGCCAAUACUUGCGAAGAGUUGGGAUGAACAGCUUACUGAGCUUAGCAAUCGCGUAUUCUCGAAAGUAUCCUUCUCGAAGACGUUCCCUUAAGAUCGUUGAAGAGACGUUUCUUUCCCUGCCAGGACACGUACACAGCUUACAAUUAGUAAGAUUGUAGGAUCAUUGAACUCGGGAUCAUUUUUUUUUUAGGCAAAAUUAGCGCAGGGGAAACUAACAUAUUCUUUUAUUUGAAGUCUAUAAUUAUCCCGACGUUUUUUUCUUCUCAUCGUGCGUACUCCUGAUAGUGUUUAGAUUUGCACCACGUUGACAUGCGUGUGAAUAGUGUGACAAUGGCGAAUUUAUUGUACAAUUAGGUAACGUGUAAAAAUAGAUUUUUAGCAUUAUUUUUAACAUUAUUAAUACUACAUUGUGUUAUUGCUAUUUCUGCUAGUGAUUGUUUGUGAGCACAAUAACGUAAUAAAUAUAAAUGAUAAUACAAA